AUGCUUCGUCGAAACGUACCUCCUCCUCUAAAUAGUAUUUCCUCGCGGCCUUUGUCGACUGACGGUUUACUCAAGAGUCCUUCUCUGUGGUGUGCAAGUGCUGAGCCUCGAUCUCCCGGUGCAAUAUCGGUUGCAUCUUUCAUGUCGUCCUUUUCAUGGGUUACCGAAAAAUCAUCGGGUGAAUUGGCUUCACUGCUGAAGAACGCGUAUCUAUCACUGCGAGAGAAAGAGCGAGAUCUUGCUCUUGCUGCAGAAAUAGGCAAAUCACUGUUGGAAAAUAACAUGGUACUUAAUUCAAAAUACCAAGACCUGCUCAAAAAAUUACAGCAAUACGAGCAGGACCACCAGGAUAGCAAUGAUUGCUGGGAUGAGAAUGAUGAUUGCUACAGUGAUAAAAGUGCGGCAAUGUAUCUUAUAUCGCAACAACGGGCACGGGAAGCGUUGAUCGAAGAACUUCAAAUCAAAAAUGCAGAAAUGAAGAAGAUGUUGGAUGACGCAUUAUGCAAGUCAACAGAGAACAGCCAUAACAAUGAGAAGACAACGCGUAAACUUCAAAAUGAAAUCGAACUCUUGCGCAGCAGCUUAGAUAUAGCUGCACAGAAGAUACAGCAACUCGAAGAAUUGCGGCACGUUCAAAAAUGCAAAGAUCGCAGUAAUGACACUAUUGAUGCAUCAUUGUACCAUAUGCAGGAUCAACCAGAGGCUGAUGAGUUAACUGCCAAGAUAAUCGAAAUGCAUACAAGAAACGACCAACUGACCAGUGCGAAACAUGCUGUUGAAGCCAAGUUACAUAAUGCAUUAAUGGAUUUGCAAGGUCUGCGCCAGCAGCUUGCACAGUUUCAGUAUGAUCAACAGGAGUACAUCAGCUUGAAGGAAGCCUAUCAACGCCAGUUUAAGCAUAUUGAGGAGCUCACAAGCAGUCUCGAAGACCACCGCAACACGCUAUCACAUUUGCGGGCGUGCGGCAUCGCCUGGUCACCUCGCCAUUCGCCAGCUACCAGUGAAUACGGGAAUUGCUACAACGCUGAGCGGCAUGGAGGAUCUAUCGACACCAGCACUCCCAAUAAACCAGCAGCACUCAACAACAGUUUACAAAUGGAUCUGUGUAUGACAACUCCGAAACAAAGCCUAUUAUACGAGCUUGAAAAUGAGUGGCUCAAGCGACUGCAAAAACCUGAUCUGUCAGAAUCCCAACCCGAUCACGGUAGUAGCUUAUCAUACACAGAUAUUGAGUCCCAUAGCAGCUGUGAGAAUGACGACCGGUCAAAUGCGUCCCAUACAUCAUCCAUUGAUCGCUUAAAACAAGAGGCCUGUUUAACCGAACAUAACAUCGCAUCUUUGUACAAUGCAUCGUCCGAAUAUGCGCUAGAGAUGAUUUUGUCUUGUGCUGCUUUCAACGAAACGAUGAUUCAACAUAUGCCAAUUGCCACUUCAAUGGCCCAAAAAGAUAGUGAAGAUUCAUCCAUCCGAGGAGACAAUAGCGUAUAUUCCACAUAUAAUCUAUACCCUCAUGUCCCACCCGAUUUUCUCGUUUCAUUUGACUGUCAAUUCAGCAAUCCGGGAGCGAUGGGCAACAGAGACCUUGGCUCGCCUCUAUCAAAACAACAUUCUUGCACUUUUCUUGGUCUGUUUUGCUGGGUUGUACAGUGUGCUUUUAGUAUCUUGUGGCGCUGGUGCCGCUUCUCACUGGUUCUUCUCACAGCAAUUCUCAUCAAUUUGUGGCACGGACCUGACGCAGUACUCGAAAAGUGA